UCUGCCAUGGAUCUAAACGACGCAGUGCUCACCUGUGCGGUGAACAUGCAGUGGACCAAUGCGGUGGGGAUUACGGGUCGCAAACUGGCCUACAAGACGGCCACUUUGCGUCUGGUGCGGAAUGAUCUGCGUGAAUUGUUUGUGGAGGUGACGCCGGAGAAGCUGAAGCCCCUGAAGUUCAAGCUAAAGGACCUGAUGGUGCACAAGAAGUUCAUGGCGGAGGGCAAGGCCACGUUUAACUUCAAGGCGGAGAACUGCACCAUCUACCUAUCGAAUGCCCCACCGGGCACUUUGAUGUUCUUCCUGCGCACAAUCUUCAUCAAAAUGAAUGGAACCGAGGGAGGAUCCCAGCCGGAUGAUGCCUCCCUGCAGAAGAAGCUGCGGGAGCACCUGAUGUCCGGGAAACCCAGCAGCUUCGAAGAGGUUUCUCCAGUUACCACGGCCGAGAUGAUUUUGGCGCGCAAAAAGGCGGGACUGCUGUCCAAGGGCUCAGUGACCACGCCCUCGCCGCAGGCGUCUAAGAAAAGGCGUUUCGAGGAGCUGCGGGAGGAGAAGGAGCGAGGCAGCCUGCCAGCGGCCAAGAAACUCUACCAGGCGGCCACCGAUGAAUCACUGAGACUAAGUGAAGAGCAAAUGGAGGUGCUGCGUGCCUGCACCUCCGGGAAAAAUGUAUUCUUCACUGGCUCCGCCGGCACUGGAAAGAGUUUCCUGCUGCGAAGGAUCAUCUCGGCCCUGCCGCCCGAUGGCACCGUGGCCACGGCCUCCACGGGAGUGGCUGCCUGCCUGAUUGGCGGCACCACGCUGCAUGCCUUUGCCGGGAUUGGCGGUGGAGACGCCACCAUGCAGCGGUGCCUGGAGCUGGCUGCCCGACCCGUAAGCGCCCAGACAUGGCGCAAGUGCAAGCGGCUGAUCAUCGACGAGAUCUCCAUGGUGGAUGGACAGUUCUUCGAGAAAAUCGAAGCCGUUGCCCGACACAUUCGUCGCAAUGAUCGACCCUUUGGCGGCAUCCAGCUCAUCUUGUGCGGCGAUUUCCUGCAGCUGCCACCGGUUAUUAAAGCGGACUUUGGUUCUGCCCCCUCUGCAUCGCCGCAGCAGCGCUUCUGCUUUCAGUCCAGCGCCUGGGAGACCUGCAUCCAGUGUGUCUACGAGCUGAAGCAGGUGCAUCGUCAAUCGGAUCCGGAGUUUGUCAAGAUCCUGAACCAUCUACGUAUAGGUCAUGUGAAUGAUUCGAUAACCACUCGACUGGCAGCCACUUCGAAGCAGAAAAUCGAGGGAAACGGCAUUCUGGCCACUCAAUUGUGCUCCCAUACCAACGACGCCAAUUCGAUUAACGAGUCCAAGUUGGAGAAUCUUGAGGGGGACAAGAUUCUGUUCAAGGCUGAUGAUUCGGAUGCGGGCAUGACCAAAACGCUGGAUCAACAGAUUCAGGCUCCCUCGCAAUUGUACUUGAAAGUGAAUGCGCAGGUAAUGCUGCUCAAGAACAUAAACAUAUCCAAUGGUCUGGUGAAUGGAGCACGCGGCGUGGUAGUUCGCAUGGAUAAGGAUCUCCCUGUGGUUAGAUUCAAGAACAACCAGGAAUACGUGUGCAAGCACGAGAAGUGGAUCAUAAAAACCGCCACAGGAGGCCUCAUUACACGUCGUCAGGUUCCCUUGAAGUUGGCCUGGGCCUUUUCCAUCCACAAAAGUCAGGGUUUAACGCUCGAUUGCGUGGAAAUGUCCCUGUCGAAAGUAUUUGAGGCUGGACAAGCUUAUGUAGCCUUGUCGCGAGCCAAGUCCCUGCAAUCCAUUCGCAUCCUGGACUUCGAUGCCAAGCAAGUGUGGGCCAAUCCGCAGGUGCUGCAAUUCUACAAGGGAUUCCGACGCAAGCUAAUGGACACCACCAUGAUUCCCUUGGGCCCGAAGAACAAGGACAAGAAGCCAGGAGACAGCAAGGCCGCAAAUAGCGCACUGGCCAAGCUCAAAAAGAGUCUCAUCAACAAGCCACUGGUCUCGAUUAGUUGA